AUGGCUUCUCAACAGCCACUCUCCUCGUCGCAGCAGCCGGCUGACGUCUACGGCGGUGAUGAGAUCUCUGCCCUCGUGCUCGACCCCGGCUACUGCCACACACGCGCCGGCUUUGCGGGCGAGGAUGUCCCCAAGUGCGUCCUGCCAUCCUUCUACAGCCGCAUCAACGGGAAGCUGCAGUACGGCGACGAGUGCAUACGCCCCCGCGAGGGCCUGGAGCUCCAGAACUACAUGAAUACGAAGUCGGAAGUGGAGAACUGGGAUAUCGCACCUUACCUCUGGGAGAACAUGCUCGUCCACCGACUGAACCCGACGCAACCAACACCGGCUUCGAAGAACGGUCUGAACGAUGGGAACAAGGAUGGCGAAGGCGAUGUCGCGAUGGGAGAAAUUGAAAACCAGGAACUGCAGGAGAAGGCGCUGUACGAGAAUCCGAUCCUGCUAACGGAACCGGCGACCAACCCAGCUAAGAAGCGGGAGACGUCUAUGCAGGUUCUGUUCGACACCUUUGGGACACCAGCCGCGUGGCUUAGUAGGACGCCCGUUCUUUCAGCCUUCGCGGCAGGGAAGGCAACGGCUCUGGUGAUCGAAGUUGGUGGAGCGAACACCUCUGUCACGGCAGUGCAUGAUGGUAUGGCAUUGAAGAAGUCGGCUGUUCAGUCUUCCGCAGGUGGCCUAUGGCUGUCCCAGCAGAUCCGUACUAUGUGGGAGACCAACGAGCCGAAGAUCGACACUGUUCCCACAUUCAUGAUUGAGAACAAGACCCAGGUGGAUGCUCAGCAACCGCCGAACGCGAGGCUCAAGAACUUCCCCUUCCCGAUCCACGACUCUUUCCGCCGCUACGAGGAGGAACGACUGUUGAAUGAGUUCAAGGAGUCUGUGGUCGAGGUGUGGAAGGGCCCCGGGCGCUACACUACCCCCGGAAACGAGGACUUCAUCAAGUCGCAACCAGGACGUGUGUUUGAGAUGCCCGACGGCUACAACCAGAUGUGGCGCGAGCAGCGGUUCAAGGUCGCGGAGGGCAUGUGGGACGAGACAGCGGCGUACCACAUUACGGACGAGCAAUACCGCCUUGCCAAGAGCCAGACGUUACCUGGACUGAUCAAGCAGAGCCUGGAUCUGGUGGAUGUGGACUUGAGGCCUCACCUCCUAGGCAACAUAGUUGUGACCGGGGCCACAAGCCUAUUGAAUGGGUUCAACGACAGGUUGAACAACGAGCUCAACCAAAUGUACCCUGGCAUGAAGAUCAAGCUGCACGCGGCAGGGCUGACGAGCGAGCGCCGUUUCGGUGCCUGGGUCGGUGGAAGCAUCCUGGGCAGCCUUGGAAGUUUCCACCAGAUGUGGAUCUCACGUAAGGAGUGGGAGGAGAUCGGGCCUAGUGUCGUUGAGAAGCGCUGCAAGUAG